UGUGUGUGUGUAGAUCUGAAGAGGGUAAUGGCGACUGCUGCAUCCUCAAACCUUCUAUCUGCUUCGUCCCUGAAGAAAAACCCAUCGUCUCUCUCAUGGCAUGUUCCUCUCUCCAACGUCUUCAGUGUGACCGUCGCUGUUCCUCACCGUCAUGGUCAGAGGAGGGCUUCCUUCGUUGUGUUAGCGAUGGAUGCCAAACCUACGGUCCUCGUCGCGGAAAAGCUAGGUGAGGCUGGGCUCAACCUCUUGAAGGAUUUUGCGAAUAUCGAUUGCUCCUAUAACAUGACUCAGGAGGAGCUCUGCACUAAGAUCUCUCUCUGCGACGCCUUGAUCGUUAGGAGUGCUACCAAAGUCACUCGUGAAGUGUUCGAGUCGUCUGGUGGUCGGCUCAAAGUGGUUGGCCGCGCUGGUGUGGGCAUCGAUAACGUUGAUCUGUCGGCAGCGACUGAGCACGGCUGUCUUGUCGUCAAUGCCCCUACCGCCAAUACUGUUGCUGCUGCUGAGCAUGGCAUUUCCCUUCUCACCUCUAUGGCUCGCAAUAUUGCCCAGGCAGAUGCCUCUGUCAAGGCUGGCAAGUGGCAACGAAACAAAUAUGUUGGUGUUUCUCUUGUUGGAAAAACACUUGCUGUGAUGGGAUUUGGGAAGGUGGGAUCAGAGGUUGCCCGGCGUGCCAAGGGGCUGGGUAUGCAUGUUAUUGCACAUGAUCCAUAUGCCCCUGCGGACCGUGCUCGUGCAAUCGGUGUUGAGCUGGUGUCUUUUGAUGAAGCUCUAUCCACUUCACAUUUCAUCUCGUUGCACAUGCCUCUUACUCCUGCUACAUCAAAGAUUUUCAAUGAUGAAGCUUUUGCAAAGAUGAAGAAAGGAGUUCGAAUUGUCAAUGUUGCUCGUGGUGGAGUGAUUGACGAGGAGGCUCUUGUGAGAGCAUUGGACGCUGGUGUUGUUGCUCAGGCAGCUCUUGAUGUCUUCACUGUGGAGCCACCAUCAAAAGACAGCAAGCUGGUGCACCAUGAAAGUGUUACUGUGACUCCACAUCUUGGUGCCAGCACUAUGGAAGCUCAGGAAGGAGUGGCCAUUGAAAUAGCUGAAGCUGUUGUCGGGGCCUUGAAAGGGGAACUUGCUGCUACUGCUGUAAAUGCACCCAUGGUCCCUGCUGAGGUUUUAUCAGAGCUUGCGCCAUUUGUUGUACUGGCAGAGAAACUUGGCAGACUUGCCGUACAGUUGGUAGCAGGUGGUAGUGGUGUGAAAUCAGUGAAGGUUACAUAUGCAUCUGCUAGAGCUCCUGAUGAUCUUGAUACUAGGUUGCUCCGUGCCAUGAUCACCAAGGGUCUGAUCGAGCCUAUAUCCAGUGUAUUUGUCAAUCUGGUUAAUGCUGAUUUCACUGCAAAGCAGAGAGGAUUGCGGAUUUCAGAAGAGCGGAUCCUGCUCGAUGGCUCACCUGAGAGCCCACUUGAGUUCAUCCAGGUUCAAAUUGCCAAUGUGGAAUCAAAAUUUGCCAGUGCCAUCUCAGAGUCUGGAGAGAUUAAAGUGGAGGGAAAGGUGAAGGAUGGGAUACCCCAUUUGACAAGGGUAGGAUCUUUUGAAGUGGAUGUGAGCUUAGAAGGCAGCCUCAUACUGUGCAGGCAGGUUGAUCAACCAGGGAUGAUUGGAAAGGUGGGGAGUGUGUUGGGUGAAGAAAAUGUGAAUGUAAGCUUCAUGAGUGUUGGGAGGAUUGCUCCACGAAAACAAGCAGUUAUGGCAAUUGGUGUAGAUGAAGAACCCAGCAAAGGGACUCUGAAGAAAAUCGGGGAAAUACCAGCAGUUGAGGAGUUUGUUUUCCUUAAGUUGUAGUUUUGCUUCUUAAUCAAUUUUGAAAUGUUUGCGUUUAUGCAUUUUUUUUUUU